UGCGUCACCCCAUUCGUCACUAUGACAAAAUAAUGUGCUUCCUAUAUACGAUUUGCAUUUGAACAUACUAGUACUCUUAUCACAAAAACCAUUUUUUCAUUCAACUCAUUUGCAAGUAUACCACCUAGAAACUUUGAGGAUGUUCCCCUUUCAACAGGUCACCGUCCGCGAUUUCCCCGGCUGCACAGCCGAGGAGAUCGACCGCGAGCCCGACUGGACGCAUUCGCUGAGCCACCGGAUCGGCCUGCGCGGCCGUGACGACCGGUUCAUGGGCUUCACCAACUCUGGAGAGGCAUGGCGGUAUGAUAUCGACCGUGAUGCGGAGAAGAAGCUACGAGAACUGAGGCAAAAGGCAGAGAGCGGCGCUCUCUUGACAGUCCGCGACUUUAUGGAGAAGCAGGAGAAAUACUAUCUGCUCCGCCCCGACGUGCACCCCCGGGACAGCAGAUUCAUGCUCAACACCACCGAGGGUUUCAUCAAAGACGGCCAGCCCUGGCCGGCGAACAAACAGAAACAGCGCGAGCAGAAGCGCGACCAAACCGACAAGCCCGCGGAAACAGUGCAGGAAACAGUGCAGGGUGAAGGACCCGCGGCUCACGGGAUGUUUGACAAGGGGAAGAACGGGCUGACGCCCGCCCAGCGCUCGCUGGUGCAGCUCCUCGUCGAGGAGGGCCAGUACAUCACCUCUCUGGAGAACAACGAUGGCCACGGCUUCUCGCCUGUUCUCGACGUCGUGGAUCUACACAUCCUCGAGGUGUUCCAGUUCACCCCAGACAACUGGGUGCCCCGGUACGCGCAUCUGGCGCGACUGACGGGCAAACACCCGCUCAACGCCGAGAUCGACCCGACCACGCUGUUUGAGGCCGGAUUGAUCACCCCGUCGGGACUGCAUUAUGUGCGGAACCACGGCGCGGUCCCCGCGCUACAGUGGGAGACGCACAAGCUGGAGGUGCGUGCGGGCUCCUGCCUGCGGCUAUCGAUGGACGAGCUCAAGGACCGCUUCUCGCCGGUGAAUAUUCCCGUGCUGCUCGGAUGUGUGGGCAACCGGCGCAAGGAACUAAACAUGCUCAAACGUACCAAGGGGGCCAACUUCACCACAUGUGCCGUGGGCUGUGCGUACUGGAAGGGAGCUCUGCUGCGCGAUGUGCUCCUGGCUGCGGACGUGGCACAGUUGACGGCGCAGCGACCCAACGCCCGGCUGCACGUCAACUUCGAAGGCAUGGACGAACCUACCGAGGGCCGCUACGCGACCAGUCUUGUGUUGGACACGGUCAUGGACGAAGCCAACGAUCUGCUGCUCGCCUACGAGAUGAACGACGGGCCCCUCUCGCCGGACCACGGAUACCCCCUUCGUCUGAUUGCCCCGGGGUUUGUCGCCGCGCGCAGCAUCAAAUGGCUGACGAGGAUCUGGGUGUCUGACCGCGAGAACGACAGCCAACAUCACAUCUACGACAACCGGGUGAUCCCCGGUUUCAUCACGGAGAUGGACUCGCGCUUCGCCGACGCCAUGUUCCGCCACCCGAGCACCAUCUGCAUGGAACAGGCGCUCAACUCGGUCAUCAUGCGUCCCGCGCAUGGCGAGAGGCUGGCCUACGCCGACCCCAUGACCGACCGUCUCUAUCGGAUCCAGGGGUAUGCGUACAGCGGCGGCGGCAAUGCCAUUGCGCGCAUCGAGGCCACUCUCGACGGCGGCGCCAACUGGCUCUACUGCGUCAGGAAGUACCCGCAAGCACCCAUCCGGCACGGCCGCAAGUUCUGGACCUGGCUGCACUGGCACGUCGACGUGGAUGUCAAUCAUCUGCAGCAGGCAGAAGCUAUCUCGGUGCGCUGCGUGGAUGUGUUUAUGAACACGCAGCCGGAGAAGCCUGUCUGGAACUUACUAGGAAUGAUGAACAACUGCUGGUACACAGUCAAACCAGAAAAGAAAGACUCGAAUCUACUCUUCCGGCAUCCCUGCGAACCCGGCACCGGCACAGAAGGCUGGAUGAAACCGGCGCCCAACAACCACGGCGAUCACCAAAUGCCCCCCGGGAUGGCCGCCAAGCAGUUCACGCGCGAGGAGAUCGAGAAACACUUCACGGAGGAUGACUGCUGGAUUGUGGUGAAUGAGACCGUGUACGAUGUGACGAGCGUGCUGGCGUGGCAUCCGGGGGGGAAGGCGACCAUCAUGGCCCACGCAGGGAGAGUGCACCAGGAUACCACGCUGGAUUUUGACAGCGUGCAUGAUGACUAUGCGUAUGGCAAGCUGGGUGAAUGCGCCAUCGGGUCUGUCACGGCGAAAGGGAUGGACUUUAUUCGACGAGAAGCACGGCUCAAAGCUGAACAGAGCGCAGAGGAAGAAAAGCUAGAUGUCGACAUGGGGUUGACAAGGAGCAGAUACUCGCAAGCAAAGCUGGUCCGCAAGAAACGCCUUUCGGAAGACCACACACGAUAUACCUUCCGACUGCCCUCGAGCGGCAAGAGAUUUGGCCUCGAAGUCGGCCAGCAUGUCCAGGUGGGCUUCCACUUCGCUGACCGCACUGUGCUCCGCCCCUUCACGCCCAUCCGCCCGUUGUUCCCGGACGAGUACGACGGCACGUUCGAUCUGGUGAUCAAGACGCAUUUCGCGGACAACAACCAGCCCGGCGGCACGUUGACCACCAUUCUCGACCAGAUGAUCGAGGGCGAUUGCAUAGAGGUCAAGGGGCCAUCGGGUGCGAUCCGCUACCGCGACCAUGGCAAGUUCCGGAUCGACGAGACGGACUACACGUUCAAAAAGGUGACUUUUAUCGUGGGCGGCACGGGCAUCACGCCGGCAUACCAGGUGCUGGCUCACAUGCUGUUAACCCCGGAUGACGAGACGAAGAUCCGUCUGGUGGACGCCAACAAGGCUGAAGAAGAUAUUUUGAUGCGCGACGAGAUGGAUCAGUUGCAGGCAACCUACCCGGACAAGUUUCAGGUCGUGCAUGUCCUGUCUCGGCCGUCGAAGACCUGGCAGGGCGAAAGAGGCCGCAUCGAUAAGGAGAGACUGCAGAAGUAUUCGUUUGCCCCGGGUGACGACUCGGCCGUGUUUGUCUGUGGGCCGCCGCCGUUGAUCGAGAAGACUAUCGUGCCUGUAAUGGUGGAGUGGGGGUAUCGUCAUGAUACCAAUUUUUUUGGAUUCUGAUAUCGUUAAUGUUAGUGGUAAUAUCAGUGUCAGCGUAGUGUCACUGUG